UGACUGUAAUGGCCGGAGAAACAUACUCGUGAAAGUAGUAAACAUACCUCGAAGCGUUUCCUUUAUAAUUUUUCCCUAAAAAAAAAAAUCAAACCGAGAACCAUUCGUAAUUUAUUUUAACGUGACUUAAUCAAGAUCCGAUUCAUUUUCGCGAAAUCUUGGAAAUUAAUCGAUAACCUCAAGCAUCGACGAAGAUUGUCCUCAUGGAUCGAGAUCGCCAAGACCGUGAUAAGGAUAGAGAUAGAGAUAGGGACCGUGAUAGGAGACACAGAUCUCGUAGUAGGGAUCGUAGGAAACGUUCACGCUCGCGUUCUAAAGAACGAAGAGAUCGAAAAAGGAGUAAUUCUCCUAAGAAGGGUCGUAGUUCUAGAAGAAGAAAACCAUCUCUUUAUUGGGAUGUUCCACCACCUGGGUUUGAACAUAUUACUCCCUUACAGUAUAAGGCAAUGCAAGCUGCAGGACAAAUACCAGCAAACAUUGUGGCAGAUACACCGCAAGCAGCUGUACCAGUCGUUGGUAGUACAAUAACUCGACAAGCAAGGAGACUGUAUGUAGGAAACAUUCCAUUUGGCGUGACUGAAGAAGAAAUGAUGGAGUUUUUCAAUCAGCAAAUGCAUCUAUCUGGACUUGCACAAGCUGCUGGAAAUCCAGUGUUAGCGUGUCAGAUCAAUUUAGACAAAAACUUUGCUUUCUUAGAGUUCCGUUCGAUAGACGAAACAACGCAAGCUAUGGCAUUCGAUGGUAUCAACUUCAAAGGACAAAGCUUGAAAAUAAGAAGACCUCAUGAUUAUCAGCCAAUGCCAGGAAUGACUGAUAAUCCAAGCAUGAACGUGCCAGGUACGGUUCCUGAUUCUCCACACAAGAUCUUCAUUGGUGGUUUACCCAAUUAUUUGAACGAAGAACAGGUGAAGGAGUUGCUGAUGAGCUUUGGACAACUAAGAGCAUUCAAUCUAGUAAAGGAUUCGGCUACAGGUCUAUCCAAAGGUUACGCAUUCUGCGAGUAUGUUGAUGUGUCAUUGACUGACCAAGCAAUUGCUGGAUUAAAUGGAAUGCAGCUGGGAGAUAAGAAAUUAAUUGUACAACGAGCUAGUGUAGGUGCUAAGAAUCCUAUGAUUGGCGCACAAGCUCCGGUUCAAAUCCAGGUGCCUGGAUUAUCUAUGGUGGGGACAAGUGGACCAGCCACUGAGGUGCUUUGCCUACUGAACAUGGUGACUCCCGAGGAAUUAAUGGAGGAAGAAGAAUAUGAAGAUAUUUUAGAAGAUAUUAAAGAAGAAUGUAACAAGUACGGUGUGGUUCGAUCAGUAGAAAUACCACGACCUAUAGAAGGUGUUGAUGUACCUGGAUGUGGAAAAGUAUUCGUCGAAUUCAAUAGCGUGAUUGAUUGCCAGAAAGCACAACAAACUCUCACAGGACGAAAAUUCAAUAACCGCGUUGUGGUGACGUCAUACUUCGAUCCAGACAAGUAUCAUCGCAGAGAAUUUUAAAUUAUA